AUGUUAAGGCUUGAGAGAGCCCUGAAAGGUCUUCAAGAUCCACCAUGGUCUCUCCAGGAGGAGCUGUGCCGGACAAGCGACUCACGCGUUACUGAAGCGGAAUUCUGUCAGCCACUCUGUACGGCCAUUCAGAUAGGGCUUGUCAACCUUCUCGCAUCCUGGAGAGUGCGGCCAGCUGCUGCUGCUUAUGCAGCAGGCGCUAUCUCGGAAAAGUCGGCUAUGAUACUCGCAUAUUAUCGCGGUAAGCUGGCCAAACAAAAAAUGGGUCUGGGAGAAAUGGCGAGUAUUGGCCUCUCUAGCGACGAGGUUAAUCUAUAUCUCGAAGACGGAGUGGUAAUCGCAUGCAGGGAUAGUCCUCAAGGUGUCACUCUAUCCGGUGAAAAAAGUAAAAUCGAUAUUGAAGUGGAGAAGGUUAGAAAUGAUCUUUCUGAUAUCUUUUGCAGAAACCUUGGGCUCAAGAUCGCAAAUCACUCACAACAAAUGAAGUGCCUGAGGCCCCUUUAUGAGGCCUCUCUAGCAGGUCACUUGCAAAUAAACUCCCAUAUGCUGCCGAUGCUGUCAAGUGUCACUACGGCCGUGGUGACAGACCCUCAGGAGCUUGGCGCGGCCUACUGGAGAAGGAACCUUGAGUGUACCGUUCUUUUUGCAGAUGCAGUGAGAAAUCUGCUAAAGGAAGACAAGGCCAAUAUACUACUCGAAAUAGGUCCCCAUGGCUUGCUGACCAUAUCCUCCGGGGUCAUGUAG